AUGGACGAACAACAAGCGCAUGAGCCUGACACUGGGCACCUCGAUCGUGCCUACAGCCCACAAAUCAUUAACGAGCAAGAUGCUGUCAUGACCGGACAGGAAGAUCAGACAAGACAUUACAAUGCAACGACACACGAUCAAGCGACCACAUCCCCUCCACCACAACAAGAACAAGACAAUUCCAGGUACAACUCGCCCUCAAUGUAUCAGCAACCAACUUCUAGACCUGGCUCGGGCAUGGGCGGUAUGCAGCAACAAUAUCGAGAGCCACAGCCACCUCAACCACCUCCACAGAACAAGAGCAGCGUUGUCAUCAAGGUUGGCAUGGUGGGAGAUGCGCAAAUAGGCAAAACAAGUUUGAUGGUCAAAUAUGUCGAGGGCAGCUGGGAUGAAGAUUACAUUCAGACGUUGGGUGUGAAUUUCAUGGAGAAGACUAUCUCAAUUCGCAACACGGAAAUCACCUUUUCGAUAUGGGAUUUGGGCGGCCAGAGAGAGUUCGUCAACAUGCUGCCGCUGGUUUGCAAUGACGCUGUUGCCAUCCUCUUCAUGUUCGAUUUGACCAGGAAAUCGACCUUGAACAGCAUCAAAGAGUGGUAUAGACAGGGCAGAGGCUUCAACAAGACUGCUAUUCCCUUCCUGGUGGGCACAAAAUACGAUCACUUCGUCAACUUCCCUAAGGAGGAUCAGGAAGAGAUCAGCAAUCAAGCAAGACGCUUCGCAAAGGCUAUGCGUGCAAGUUUGAUUUUCAGCAGCACAAGUCAUAGCAUAAAUGUCCAAAAGAUAUUCAAGAUCGUCCUCUCCAAAGCUUUCGACCUGAAGUGUACCAUACCAGAAAUCGAAAAUGUAGGCGAGCCUCUGUUACUCUAUCAAUCAGUAUAG